CGUCACUGAGCAUGCGUCCUGUCCCGCUGCUCCGCCGUAUUUAUUAACACCCGGGAACGGAACGGGGGCGAGGCGACCGGCUGCGGCUGCCUGUUCGCGUAUUUCUAACGGGGAUUCGCCGCGGAGCAACAGGAAACCGGGACGGGGGAGACAUGUGCGCCAUGAUUUACGUGUUGUCCACUGUGCUGGGAUACGUGCUCGCUUCAGUUCUGUUGCUGAAAUGUCCGUCGCUCCUGCACCGGAGGAAACGGGAGACGUUCCGGGGCAUGCACAUCUCCCACCGCGGCGGGGCUGGUGAGAACCUGGAGAAUACCAUGGCAGCUUUCAGACAUGCAGUGGAGCUGGGCACAGACAUGUUGGAGUUGGACUGUCACCUAACCAAGGACGAACAGGUGGUCGUGUCACAUGACACCCACUUGCAGAGGUCCACAGGUGUCGACGCUUACGUCUCGGACUUGACGUACGAGGAACUGCCUCCCUACCUGUGCAAGCUUGACGUCGCCUUCAAGAGAGAAUUUGUGUGUGAGGGUGGGGAGGACAAGCACAUCCCCCUGCUGAGGGAUGUAUUCGAGGCUUUCCCAGAAAUCCCCGUCAACGUUGACAUCAAGGUCAACAACGACACCCUCAUUAGGAAGGUCUCAGAACUUGUAACCAAGUACAACCGGGAGCAUCUCACAGUGUGGGGCAACGCCAGGAACAAUAUUGUUCAGAAGUGCUACAAAGAGAACCCGCGGAUCCCCGUGCUGUUCAGCUUGCAGAGAGUGCUGCUUCUGCUGCUGCUCUUCUACACGGGACUGCUGCCCUUUGUGCCCCUGAAGGAGCAGUUCCUGGAGAUCCCCAUGCCGUCCAUCAUGACCAAACUGAAGGACCCGGCCAGGAUUUCCAGAAGUCAGCGCCUCAUGACCUGGCUGGCAGACACCUUGCUGAUGAGGAAGACCAUGUUUGAACACCUAAAAGCCAGAGGAAUACAGGUGUAUGUGUGGGUGUUGAAUGAUGAGGAAGACUUCCAGAGAGCCCUUGACCUGGGUGCCACCGGGAUCAUGACUGACUUUCCCACCAAGCUGAAAGACUUCAUGGAGAAGAGAAGCCUCACCAAGCAUCACUGACCAACCCACCAAUCUGACCUUUGUCACCUUUGCUCUCAUGCAUGUGUCAAGCUUCCAGGCUGAGUUCCCCUUCCGAGUUCCCAGCUCACCUGUAUUCCCAUUCUGACCCAUGCUCUACUCCACAGUGCUUCCCUCACAUCCAGGGGACUAGCUUGAGAUUCACCUGUAGGCCAAACAUCAACAUAGACAAUCGCCUGCAAACUCACCAGCCGCAGCAGGCAUUUCGGUACUGAACCAGCAAGCGCAGAUGCUUGUAAGUCCAAAAAAGAAAAAAGUCACAGUCAUGAGCAUUUCAGGGACCAUCACUGAGGGGGGGGGGGUGAGGCAGGGUAAAAACUGGCAUCUGUUUACAUCUCUCAUGGGAGAAACAAAAGGGGAAAAGGAUGUUGUUCAGUAACUACCUGGGACCGUGUGCCUCUUUUGAAGCAUGAGGUCUCAUGCACCAUGUGUAUGCUGGGGACGGCAGUUUCGCACUGAGCGUGAGUGGACUGCACUACCGCCGGCUCAGCUGGCUGCGAGAACACCUGUGGGACAGCGUGGGAAUCACUGCUUCACUAGUGUUCCUGAUGAUGAUGAGGCAAUGCUAUAAAAGAGAUGUUGCCAGGAUUUGCUCUGUCUGGUGACCAUGCCCCAGGCUGGCAAUGACUAAGGCCCCUUUUUGGUUCAUUCAAUAUACAGUUGUCUUCGUAAUAAUCUAGGCAGCAUCAAUACAGGUGUUGACCCCAUAAAGUGAAAUAUUCUCAUUGUGUAGAGUCCUGGUGCCGUACACAUGCCUGUAGAGUCUUUCUCUGGUUUUAGAAGUUGAAGCCUGAUUCCAUGCUCACCAGUACAGAAAACGGUGCUUGAAGUGGAGAGAAACAAGUGCCGGUACUCCCCCUGUCAUUCAGUACCGGGUGCCGGUACUCCCCUUGUCAUUCAGUACAGGGUGCCGGUACUCCCCUUGUCAUUCAGUACCGGGUGCCGGUACUCCCCUUGUCAUUCAGUACCGGGUGCCGGUACUCCCCUUGUCAUUCAGUACCGGGUGCCGGUACUCCCCUUGUCAUUCAGUACCGGGUGCCGGUACUCCCCUUGUCAUUCAGCACCGGGUGCCGGUACUCCCCUUGUUAUUUAGCACCGGGUGCCAGGACUCCCCUUGUUAUUUAGUACCAGCAGAUAUUAGGAGGUAUUGGUACUUUGAAGAGAAAGAAAAGGUGCUGGUACUGAGUACUGGUGAAUACCAGACCACUUCAAGUACUCCAAGGAAGAUCAGAGUGUAGAUCUAUAUGACAGGGAAAUAGUCAUAAUCUGACUCAAGCUAUGAAUGUAUGCCACUUUUCUCCUGUAGUUACAUGUUUUAGAAAUCAUUUUAGAAUAAUUAUUCGAAUGUACUGUGCUAUUUAACUAGGAAAUGUACAGUGAUUGAAUUUCAUAUUUUACAUUAUUUAAAAACCACUAAAGAUUGUACAUUUUUGUUCACGUUGUAAAAACUACAUUGCAGCGGUUAAAUUAUAUGACCAAUAAAUAUGUAAAUUACCA